AUGUUUGAUUGCGCAACAUCAGGCAACGACAUGCGAUGACGUAGGCAAUAUCACGUUUCGAUCCUUUUUAAAGCCUUCAAUAUUGGAAAGGCUGUUAUAGGUUCAGUUGUUUAGAAACAAGAAAAACAACAUCAUGGUGAAUUUUACCAUCGAUCAGAUCCGUGAGAUCAUGGACAAGAAGACCAACAUCCGGAACAUGUCCGUGAUUGCCCAUGUCGACCCCGGAAAAUCUACGUUGACUGAUUCGUUGGUCAGCAAAGCAGGAAUCAUGGCUGGUUCAAAAGCUGGUGAAGCUCGAUUCACUGAUACCAGGAAAGAUGAACAGGAUCGCUGCAUCACCAUUAAGUCAACUGCUAUUUCAAUGUACUACGAGUUGAGUGAUAAGGACAUGCAAUGGGUUGAAGGAAAGAAAGAGGGGAAUGGAUUCUUGAUUAAUUUAAUCGACUCUCCCGGGCACGUAGAUUUCUCAUCUGAAGUGACAGCAGCUCUCCGUGUAACUGAUGGAGCUCUUGUUGUUGUGGAUUGCGUCAGUGGUGUAUGUGUGCAAACCGAGACCGUGUUACGACAAGCCAUCUCUGAGAGAAUCCGGCCUAUUGUCUUCAUGAACAAGAUGGACCGUGCACUGCUUGAGUUGCAACUGGAGAAGGAAGAUCUGUACCAGACCUUCCAGAGAAUCGUGGAAAGUGUGAACGUAAUUGUGGCCACUUACGCAGUUGAAGAUGGUCCUAUGGGUAACAUUAUGAUUGACCCUCAGAAGGGAACUGUUGGUUUUGGAUCCGGUCUCCAUGGCUGGGCCUUUUCACUCAAGCAGUUUGCAGAAAUGUACUCUGAAAAAUUCAAAGUUCCAUUGCCAAAGUUAAUGAACAGGCUAUGGGGGGAUAACUACUUUAACCCUUCAACCAAGAAAUGGGCAAAAUCAAAGUCUCCUGAAAGCGACCGUGGCUUUAACACCUUUGUGUUGACUCCUAUCUAUAAGGUGUUUGACGCAAUUAUGAACAACAAAACUGAGGAGAUUGGGAAGCUCAUGGAGAAGUGUAAUGUCAAACUGAAGGGAGAUGACAAAGACAAGGUGGAGAAGCAACUUCUCAAAGCUUUUAUGAGGACCUGGUUGCCAGCUGGAGACACUCUGCUUCAGAUGAUCACCAUUCAUUUACCAUCACCAGUUGUGGCUCAGAAAUACAGAUCUGAGUUGUUGUAUGAAGGUCCAGCUGAUGAUGAAGUAGCCACUGCCAUCAUCAACUGUGCUAAAGGCCCCUUGAUGAUGUACGUAAGCAAGAUGGUACCGACAUCAGACAAAGGUCGAUUCUUUGCCUUCGGACGUGUGUUUGCUGGAACCGUUGCGACCAUAAUGGUAGCUAGGAUGAGCCUUGAACAAGUAACUCCUUGGUUAGAUGCAUUCCCGCUAACCAAUUCACUGAUAUACAUAUGUAUCUGCUUUAUGUUUAGAACCAUUCUGAUGAUGGGUCGUUAUACUGAAGCUAUUGAAGACGUACCAUGCGGUAACAUCUGUGGUUUGGUCGGCGUUGACAACUUUUUGGUGAAAACUGGAACUUUGACAACUAGUGACCAGGCUCACAACAUGAAGCAGAUGAAAUUCAGUGUUUCUCCCGUGGUGAGAGUUGCAGUGGAAGCCAAGAAUCCAUCUGAUCUUCCAAAGCUUGUGGAAGGAUUGAAACGGUUGGCCAAGUCCGAUCCUAUGGUCCUGUGUCAUAUAGAGGAGAGUGGUGAGCAUAUUGUAGCAGGUGCUGGUGAAUUGCAUCUUGAGAUUUGCCUCAAGGAUUUGGAAGAAGACCAUGCCCAGAUCCCUAUCAAGAAAUCUGAUCCAGUUGUAUCUUACCGAGAGACUGUGAACGAGGCUUCCGAUAGAAUGUGUUUGUCCAAGUCACCAAACAAACACAACAGAUUGUUCAUGACUGCUCAGCCAUUACCUGAAGGUUUAUCUGAAAAGAUUGAUGAAGGCAAGGAUAUUUUCCCAAGACAAGAUGCAAAGCUCCGAGGUCGUUACUUGGCCGACAACUUUGAUUUCGACGUCAAUGAAGCUCGUAAGAUCUGGUGUUUCGGACCCGAAGGUACGGGAGCCAACCUUUUGAUAGAUUGCACCAAAGCUGUGCAGUAUCUUAAUGAAAUCAAGGACUCUGUAGUUGCUGGAUUCCAGUGGGCAUCAAAAGAGGGUGUCCUUUGUGAAGAGAACAUGAGAGGUAUCCGUUUCAACAUCCAUGACGUUACCUUGCACGCUGAUGCCAUCCACAGAGGUGGUGGUCAAAUCAUCCCAACUGCUCGUCGUGUGUUGUACGCCUGUCAGCUUACUGCAGGACCUCGUCUUCUUGAACCAAUGUACUUGGUCCAGAUCCAAUGCCCUGAACAAGCCAUUGGAGGCAUCUAUGGUGUAUUGAACAGACGUCGUGGUCAGGUAAACCAGACCGCACAUAACCCUGGAACUCCAAUCUUGACAGUGAAUGCAUAUCUGCCUGUCAAUGAGUCCUUUGGCUUCACCGCUGAUUUGCGAUCAAAUACUGGUGGUCAGGCUUUCCCACAGUGUGUAUUUGACCAUUGGCAAGUGUUCAAUGGCGACCCUCUGGAUGAAGGCUCAAAGCCUUUUGCGGUGGUUAGUGCCACACGUAAGCGCAAGGGUCUUAACGAGACCGUACCACUUCUGGAAAAAUUCUAUGACAAGCUCUAGACGUUGGCGUCUUCUGUACAGAUCCUUUCAUGCUUGUUUCUUUUAACUUAACCAACAACGCUUAGAUCGGUGACCACCCGCUGUUUGAUGAUCUGAAUCACAACCAAUAAAAUAAAUGGUGGAAGAAAA